AUGCCAAAUUCAGAGCCUAUUCUGCGCAAAGGUUCUGUUAAGGUGUAUGCUAACACUCAGAUAUCUAUAUAAUUUACAAUGGCAAAUGGCUUAUCCCAUAACUGUCUAGAGCAAUAUUAGCAAUCGACUAUCAAUGGGCCCCAUCAUUAUCCACUAAACUUUGGACGGAGCACAAGGAGACGACCUCAGCCUAAUUACCACCACCUGAAAACGGUUACUAUUGAGGCUUCUGAGGUAGCGUAGUAUACGAACGUAGGCACAACCUCCUCCGGGGUUCCCGUUUUCGCCAGGAGAGCCACUCCCGUUUUCCACGGCAAUGUCCGGUUCCGCAGUAGUCUCCUGAUCUCCAAUGGACACAGGUUCUGCCAUAAUCCUAGGGUCUGUGGUAGCCCCGGAAACUGAGAUACUAGAUGCAGGAUUCCCAAUGCCGGGAAAGGGGGGAGGGGGGCAGGUAUAAAAGGUCCGACGGCUUGCUCAAGUAGCUAAGCAAGCUCAUGUUUCGGGAAUUCUGGCUCGCGAUAUUCUCUUUGAGCUUCUACAGAUUUUCCGAAGAAGGCAAGAAUACUUCUUUUAGGAGUUUUAUGUCUAUCAAGGGGUUUACUCUCAAGGUCUUCCCAAGUCAAUCUAGUUUUCACAAGAAUUGAGAGGGAGUAAAUCACCUGCAACCGGAUCCCCUGCCUUAGAAAAAGCUGACUAGAUACUCCCGGAGUACGAAUGGGCCGUGAGUAGUGCAUAUUCUAGGGCUCCGAGGGAGCAAGCCCAGAUGAAAGCAAAUUCCAUGCUUUUUGAAAAUGUUUGUAGUAAAGUAAUUUAUGUAAAAAAAUUCUUAUCCCCAAAUCCCCAGGUCAGGGCUAAACUCCAGAACAAAGACCAAACCGGAGCGAAUCCUACUAUCCGAGCGGCGAGGAGGAAGAAAGGAAGGAGGGGCAGUUCCCAGAUGUCCUCAAGCGUUCGUAAGAUCAACCUCUGGCCAGAGAUAUUGCUCCGAGGGAGAAAUAAAGGGAAGAUUAUGAGAAAGUCGCGGGUAUUUAUAGAGGGAACUGAUAGCUGGCUAAGAAGCAGCGAGCUUCGUAUGCCGGCUCAUUGAGGGUGGUGAGGGACGCGUGA